GAUAUAAAUAUACAUGAUAUUAAAAUUAAAUAAAAAAGAAACGUCAUAUUGUAUAGCGCUGUUGCCAUUGCAAUCAAGGAGAGAGACAGAGAGAUCCUGAUAUUUUAUUUGUCACUUCGUUUCGUAUUCUGUAAUUCCCAAUCUCAUUUUUCUACAAUCCACAUAUUUGUUAGUGGAUAUAGAUUGCUUUGUUAUUAAUUCAAUUUUCUGUUUGAAGUAAAUAAAUGCUAACGAUGUGAGAGUAACAAUGAAGUAUUAUUGUAAAUGAAAAGCAAAGAAGUGUUGAAUUAGGUUUUUUGUCAGUUGAAUAUAAAAGCAGUGAGCAUGUUAAAAAAUACUUUACCGAAGGACAAACCAGGCAAGAUGAGGAUCAGAGCCUUUCCUAUGACAAUGGAUGAGAAGUAUGUAGAAAGUAUAUGGAGCUUACUAAAGAAUGCAAUACAAGAAAUACAGAAGAAAAAUAAUUCUGGACUGUCAUUUGAGGAGCUCUAUCGAAAUGCCUACACUAUGGUCCUGCACAAGCAUGGGGAAAGGUUGUAUACAGGCUUGAAGGAGGUUGUAACUCAUCAUCUUGAAAAUAAGGUACGGGAAGAUGUAUUGCACUCCCUCCACAAUGGGUUCUUGCAAACCUUGAACUAUGCCUGGACGGACCAUCAAACUAGUAUGGUAAUGAUCCGGGACAUACUUAUGUAUAUGGACAGGGUAUAUGUGCAGCAAAAUGAUGUUGAUAAUGUUUACAAUCUUGGACUCAUCAUCUUCAGAGAUCAGGUAGUGAGAUACGGGUGCAUCCGCGACCAUCUGCGGCAGACGCUGCUGGAGCUGGUGGCGCGCGAGCGACGCGGCGAGGUGGUGGACCGGCUGGCCAUCCGCAACGCCUGCCAGAUGCUCAUGGUGCUCGGCAUCAACUCGCGCUCCGUCUACGAGGAGGACUUCGAAAAGCCCUUCCUCCAUCAGUCAGCUGAAUUUUAUAGAAUGGAAUCUCAAAAGUUUCUCGGUGAGAACAGCGCGGCGGUGUACAUAGCCCGUGUGGAGGCGCGCAUCGGCGAGGAGGCGGAGCGCGCUCGCCACUACCUCGAUGAGACCACGGAGCCCCGCAUCGUCGCCGUGCUCGAGCACGAGCUCAUCGAGCGCCACAUGAAGACCAUCGUCGAGAUGGAGAACUCUGGCGUGGUACACAUGCUGCUGCACACGCGCACAGCUGAGCUGGCCUGCGUGUACAAGUUGAUGGCGCGCGUGCCCGACGGCCUGCGCACCGUCGCCGACGCCGUGUCCGCACAUCUGCGCGAGCAGGGCCGCGCACUCGUCACCGACACGCACCACAACACCAACGCCAUCGCCUUCGUACAGAAUCUAUUGGAUCUGAAGGACAGGUUCGAUCACUUCCUCCACAACUCGUUCAACAACGACAAGCUGUUCAAGCACAUGAUAGCCGCAGACUUUGAAUAUUUCCUCAACUUGAACAACAAAUCUCCAGAAUUCCUAUCACUGUUUAUUGACGGCAAAUUGAAGAAAGGCGAAAAAGGGAUGAGUGAACAGGAAAUAGAGGCAGUGUUGGACAAAACGAUGGUGUUGUUCCGUUUCCUGCAGGAGAAGGACGUCUUUGAGAGAUACUACAAGCAGCAUCUUGCCAAGCGGCUGUUGCUCAACAAAUCCGUCUCCGAUGACAGCGAGAAGAAUAUGAUCUCUAAACUGAAGACUGAAUGCGGUUGCCAGUUUACAUCAAAGUUGGAAGGAAUGUUCAAAGACAUGACUGUAUCCAACACUAUUAUGGAAGAGUUCAAGGACCAUGUACUUUCCGCGGGGACGAACCUCCACGGCGUGGACCUGUCGGUGCGCGUACUCACGACCGGCUUCUGGCCCACGCAGAGCGCCACGCCCAAGUGCAAUAUACCCUCCGCGCCUAGAAACGCAUUCGAUGUAUUUAGAAGCUUCUACUUGGCGAAGCACUCUGGACGUCAGCUGUCGCUGCAGCCGCAGCUGGGCAGCGCCGACCUGCACGCCACGUUCCGCGCUGCGGGCGGGGCGGGGGCCAGUGCGGGCGCGGGCAGCAGCGCGGCGCUGGCGGGGGGCGGGGGCUCGCCGCCGCACUCGCCGCCCGCCGCGCCGCCCGCCGCCGCCGCCGCCGCCGCCGCCGCCGCGCCCCGCAAACACAUCAUACAGGUCUCCACCUUCCAGAUGUGCGUGCUGCUGCUCUUCAACAAGCGCGAGAGACUCACUUAUGAGGAAAUUCUGAACGAGACUGACAUUCCUGAGAAGGACCUGGUGCGCGCGUUGCAGUCGCUGGCGAUGGGCAAGCCCACGCAGCGGGUGCUCAUCAAACACCCCAAGACAAAAGAGAUCGAAGCCGCGCACCAGUUCUACGUAAACGACGCGUUCACCUCCAAGUUGCACAGAGUUAAAAUACAAACAGUGGCGGCGAAGGGCGAGUCGGAGCCGGAGCGACGCGAGACACGCAACAAGGUGGACGAGGACCGCAAGCACGAGAUCGAGGCGGCCAUCGUUCGUAUCAUGAAGGCGCGCAAGAGGAUGGCGCACACGCUGCUGGUGGCGGAGGUGACGGAGCAGCUGCGGGCGCGCUUCCUGCCCUCGCCCGUUGUCAUCAAGAAGCGUAUCGAGGGUCUCAUCGAGCGCGAGUACCUGGCGCGUACGCCCGACGACCGCAAAGUCUACACAUACGUCGCAUAGGUGCGUCACACGACCACUGCCUGACCUCCUCCCCUCCCCCUCCCCCCACAUACACCACCCCCACCUAUCUGUCACACAAUAGCUGGGGGUGCGACUAUGCGACUUACCAUCUCGUAUCGAACUCAUACUGCUGCGAAAACGAAGGCGCCGUGUUACACGGCUCUACCCGUCUCUCUCACAGUCGAUAUAACACUUCUUCUCUACGUGGCG